CCAUCGAAACUCGCUCAGUUCACAGUUUGUUCUGCUCUAAUUUGGAGGCCUCAAAUAAUGCUUAAUUUUCAGUAUUGUCAUCUUUUGUAAUUGUUGACUUUGGUUAUUGAGUUGGACUCAAUUGUUAAUUCUCGUGGCUCACAAGUACGGCCAUUACGACAACUGAUAAAAGGAGAGAGACGAAAGUGUUGGGUGAGAUGGAUACCUCGGAGGCUCCCACUAACGACUCGUGUCAAUUAUUGGAUGUCAAAACGAGCACGGAAACGACUGUUUGCAGCGAUGCUGCCUUAGAGGGUACAUCAAAACAAGAUAAUGUCGAGGCAGAGUUGGAGACCCCGUCAUCAGUGUUGUCCGUCCUAGACACUGAUAAACAACCAGGUGGUGAAAAUGACGACUUAACUCCCGGUACAGUUCUCGUGGCCCAUCGCAGUAUAACAGAUGACGGGAAUAACCCUGCUGAUAAGCCUCCUACUGAAGAAAUAACCAUAAAAGAUGAUGGGGAUGACAAGAUGGAAAUUGAUCAGAUCAUGUCGUCGCAAAAUGAUAUUACCGACACUGCCGAGCCCAAUACUGAUAAGCCCUCAACUGAAAAUACUGCUGACUCGAGUAUGGAAAUAGUUAGCGGUGAGGAUAAACCUGCUGCUAAAACUGAGUCAAAGUUGCUGCCACCAAUGGAGAAAUCCUUUGUUAUUCCCCUUGCCAGUCCAAAAAUUCCAUCCCUUGGAACUGACUCCAACCGGGGAAAGAAUUCCCAAGUUUCGAACAAGGAUGUGUUGCCUACUAUACUUCCUCCUCCUCCUCUUCCUCCCCAUCCUACUCCUCCAACUGAGUCUCCAAAACAAGAAGCGAAUGAAAAUUCUGUUGGAAAUCUGAAUAAACUGCUAGCAUCUACAAAAUCUUUGUCAUUUGCUCUUGCAAAACCAAAUGUUAACAUUGAAGGUAUCCUCCAAAAUAAUAACAAAGAUCACAAAAGGAAACUUCACAAUGGGUGCAGCAAUGCAAAUUGUACUUCAAAUUCCGAUGAAUUGGUCAUUGCAAAGAAAGCUGCAAUUCUGUACUUCCGAUUUAACACAUCUUAUAAAAAAGUGCACAAAAUUUGUAAGAUCUGUAACGAGGAGGCAGAAAGUUUUUUGAAGAAUUCUGUUGGUGCCCUAAAGAACGAUGAAAAUAUUUUUACGUUCAUAUCAAAACCUCAAGGAAUGGAAGGAGAUGUCAUCGAAGUUAAAGAUGAUGAAGAGGAAGACAAUCCUGCAGAUGUUCAAAGACUGGAGGCUGAAAAUAAGGAAAUUUUUGAAUUAGCAAUGAGUGUGGAAGAUUUAAUUGGAGACUUGAUGACAAAAUUAGACCUUAAAUCGCAAAUAACAAAAUGUGAACAAACUACAACAAUUGAAUCGGCGAAUUUAGAGAAAGAUUAUAGCGGUCUGGAAAAACAAAUUGCAUUUGUUGAGAGGCAAGUUGUGGAGACUAAAAAGAUUUAUGACAAGGUGACUGGAUAUUACCAACCUGUUCCGGUCAUAACUGAAGAAAUUGAUAUAAGUACCACGGGAACUAUCGUAAAAUCGGUGCCGCACAAUGAUCAUCUUCAAAAUAUUCCAAACCUCCCCGAUUUACCUCCUGGUGUCUUUCAACCAAAUGCUUCUCCUGCUCCCACAAGAGGCGGAUAUCGUAACCGCCCACGAAAGGCGAAAGAAAAUCGAACUCGUUAUUCGGAUGAUGGUGAUAUCAUAGAGGUCGUGUCUGGCGAAGGAUCUCAAAAGAUAACCUGUCCUUUGGGUCGCCCACCAAAGGAAAUUCCUAAAUUAGUACCACCAGUGGGUGGAAAUGUGUAUGCUCAAAACCGUACCCUCCUUCAUUUCUGGGUCAAAACUUCAAUUGAAGAAAUUGUUAAUGUUGGAUCUGGCAAAUCUCCCGAGUUUGUUGUGAAAUUUGAACGAAAACAAGGAGUUGGGGGUGGUGGAUUGAAAAGAGUGACUGCCAAGCAAAUUGCAUAUAACAUACCUUGCCCAUUCAUUCUAAUAGUUGGGACUCGAAUCAUUGCUAAAUUUCGGGAUGAGUUGAAAAUGGAACCAAUAGGAGAUGGACAGUACUACGCUGGUAUCGUUGCUGAACAUCCUACACCACAAAAUAAGUUUAGAUAUUUGAUCUUCUUUGAUGAUGGAUACGCUCAAUAUGUCGGUAUUAAAGAUAUUCUGUUAAUAUACGAAUAUUCCAAAGAAGUAUGGAGCGAUGUGCAUCCUGAUUCAGCAGAAUUUAUUAAAUCGUACCUCACAAAGUAUCCUGAGCGUCCAAUGGUUCGUUUGACUCUUGGUCAAGUUGUCACUACAGAGUGGAAUGGGAAAUGGUGGGUCGCGAGAGUUACUGAACUCGAUUGCUCUUUGGUGAAGAUGCAAUUUGAAAACGAUGGCAGGUGUGAAUGGAUUUAUCGUGGUUCCACUCGCUUAUCACCGUUGUUUGAAAAACAAACUAGACAACGACAAAAGAAAACAGCGCGACGAACUACAAGUGCUCCAAUUUAUAACAAAAAUCAUGCGCGAAUUGAGUAUAAUUAUGGUGAUGAUGAUGACUUGGUUCCUUCGCACGGUAGAAACAAGCCACUGAAGCCAACCGCUCGAAAGUCGACUUCUGGAGCUCACCAUGCAUUGGAAAAACAAUAUGGCGAUAUCAGACGUCUGGCUCGAUUGGAUUACGGCGAGUUUGAGGGAACAAUUAUUAAAAGGCCUAUACCUUCUGAUGUACCAUUUACAAAGGAGUACGGUCAUCAUGUUUGUAACAGUUCUUGUGUGUAUGAAUAUGACGAUUCCAAUAAAGAGUACAAGAAAAUGAGUCCACUUGCUCUGCCAUUACACUUGGGAUUUACAAGAGAAAUUGCAAAAAAUCCUCGUCGGUCAAUUUUUUACCGAGGACCUUGUGGGAUUCGAAUACGUGAUAUGGAGGAAAUGUACGACUAUCUCACUCAAACACAGUGUCAAGUUCCUAUUGAUCACUUUUGCUUUGAUUUGGCUGUGGACUGCCUCAAUGAAUUUCGUCAUUCACGCCAACAUAGUUUUCUACCGGAUUUGACAUAUGGAAAAGAAUCUGCUCCUGUACAAGUUGUAAACGCCUUUGACUAUGAGUAUCCCCCAUACGUGGAAUAUUCGAGUCAACGAAUAGCAGGUUCAGGUGUACACCUAAACACUGAUGAUGAGUUUUUGGUAGGAUGUGACUGUGAAGAUGAUUGUCGGGACAAGACAAAGUGUAGAUGCUGGCAGACGACAUAUUCUGGAAUCUCUUUUACGAAAUUAAGUAACCCCCUAUAUCCUGUUAAAGGAUAUGAAUACAGGCGAUUAAAGGAUCACAUUGUUAGUGGGAUUUAUGAGUGUAAUCCCAAGUGCAAAUGUGCCAAAACGUGUUGCAACCGAGUAGCACAAAAUGGACUCAAAGUACCACUCCAAGUGUUCAAGACAGCGGCAAAAGGCUGGGGCAUUCGACCUAUCUUUGAUGUGCCUGAAGGUGCAUUUAUUUGCAUUUAUGCCGGACAAGUGUUGACGGAUGCUGGAGCCAAUGAGGAUGGACAACAAUUUGGAGAUGAGUAUCUCGCAGAGCUGGACUACAUUGAAAGUAUCGAAGGCGUGAAAGCAGACUAUGAAUCUGAUGUUACCGAUAUUGAGACUGAAGAACCUGGAGAACGUUCAAAGAAAAGAAUUAAGACAAAGAAAGCAACGACAGAUAAAGGCGAUGAAGAAUCUGAUCAAGAGGUAGAUUUUCAUGCCGCUGACGCCAGUUAUCACGGUCCUAAGCCUUCAACAGUAGAGAGGACGGUAAGCACGAGAGGCAAACAUAACGGGAAGACCUCAUCUGCUUCUGGAAGUUCCAAGAAUAGUGACAGCGAUGACGAAGGAGAAGGCGGUGCACGUCCACGUUCUCAUUUUAAUGCUAAUGUUGACACUCCCAAAGCCAAAGUAACAAAUCGUCGCCCACUUCGUGAGUAUUUUGGAGAAAACGAAGAAUGCUAUAUUAUGGAUGCUAAAACUACAGGGAAUAUUGGACGUUAUCUCAAUCACUCUUGUCAACCGAAUGUUUUUGUACAAAAUGUGUUUGUGGAUACACAUGAUCUCCGAUUCCCUUGGGUCUCUUUCUUUGCUAGUAAACACAUUCGUGCUGGAUCAGAAUUAACUUGGGACUAUAAUUAUGAAAUUGGAAGUGUACCCAACAAAGUACUAUUUUGCUAUUGUGGGUCGCCAGACUGUCGUGGAAGGCUUUUGUAAUUUUACAUAUUUUUGUACUUCUUUCGCAUUGAUUAUUUCAUUAAUUUUAUUGUGAAAUACUUGGUGUACAUAUAUCUUUGUAUUUGAAACACGUUUUCAUGGUUCAUUCGUUUUAAUAUUUUCAAUCUUGACAAUUGUCACAUUUUGAGUCAUUUAAUCGAUGACCUUAUAUAUAAUAAACUAAACUAAUGAUUUUUGAUAUA